AGUCAUAAAGCGUUCAGUAUGGUCUGCAUAUACACCUUGGAUUGCAUCAACGAACGACAAGAUGAAGUUUCGCGGUGUUUUCACUAUUCUUAGCUUCUUGUCAACAGGUCAUGCUCGCGAUCAGGUGGAAGUGAGUGCUGUUGGAGCUGUACAACCGCACCUCCAUGCGCACGUGGUUAUGCGAUCGGAGGGCUUGCAGGGACAUCCUAGCAGUCUGGUUGGCAUUCGAGCUCAUGAAAGGGCCGAAAAGGAAGAACCAGAGACGGCCGAGACGACGGUCGCUGCGGAAACAACGGCAGCCGCCAUUACCACCGGUGCCGAAACGACUGCAGGUGCCACCACGGCGGCCCCAACCACUGGGGCACCGACAACGGCAGCAACAACCACCACCACAACGACGGAGAAAGUGGAACUGGAUUCAGAUGGCUCUAGAAAACCAACAACCAGAACCAUUGUCGUCACCAACAUUGAGGUCCAGACUGCCACAGUGGUGUUUACAGAACAGCCUUCCACCACGACCUCAACCACUAGCACUUCCACCACCAACACCACUACGACGACGACAGAGCUGAAAGCAUCAAGCUCUCGGUGUGGCAUGGGUGCAGUGGGACUCCUGAUGGCAUUGAAGCUGUUCGCCUAGCGAGCAUGUCUUACCUUUUUGGAGCCAUGCGAACCGUGGAGAGUGCGGUUGG